AUGAGCAGGACUAAAGAGAUAAGCAGUAGGAGAAGCUGUACAAGCUCCUGUAGAAGUCAAGUUAUUGCAAAUGGAAACUCCGGGUUGGUACAGCUGCUGCGACAUGACGUCAUGUUGAGCAACCAUCCCACCACAACCACCGCCAUUCAAUGGAUGUGUUGGAUGCGCGGAAGUCAUCGGGGAGGUAAUUCCACCGGGAGUCCCCGCGGAAGCAAUCUUCUUCAGAGACUGAUGCCGUUGCCGUGUUGCAUGCGAAUGAAGAGGGAGAAGACUAGCAGCACACAGAAGAUUGAGAGCAAGAUGCUAACAGCGAUGACAGCUAUGAAGGUCGUGCUUCGACCAUUCGCUUGA